AUGGCGACCAAAUCUAUCUUCUUCUUCUUUGUGUCUGCGGUGUGCCUGUCCUCUCUUGCCGGCGUUGCCAUCGCUGAUGCCGAUGACUUUGACCAUUUCCAAAUCCAGGGAUCGGUUUAUUGUGACACUUGCCGUGUCCAAUUCAUUACCCGUCUCAGCAAAUUUCUUGAAGGUGCUAAAGUGAAGUUAGAGUGCAGGAGCAGAACCAACGGAACCGUAACAUUGACAAAAGAAGCCGUAACAGACAAAUCAGGCAGCUACAAAAUGGAAGUCACCGGUGAUCACGAGGAGGAAGUCUGCGAGCUCGUGCUCCUCCAAUCACCAGACAGUGGUUGCAGCGACGUUAGCCAAGACGCUUACCUACGUAACGCCGCCAAGGUUAGCCUGACGGCGAACGACGGUAUUGUCUCUCACGAGACACGUAUCGUUAACCCUCUCGGUUUCAUGGUUAAGACGCCGUUAGCUGAUUGUCCCGCUGCUUUUAAGGAGCUUGGAAUUGUCCCUGACGUCACCUUCUAA